CCAGCGACAGCCGUAAAUGGCGCGCGAAGCGGCCCGCGAGGCCGUCGUAAACGUCUCCCUUCGCGCCACUUCCGGCCGGCUUCUGCGGCCCGUGCUGGUAGGCGAUCGUGAGGCGGCGGAGGACGUUCCCAGCGGCUGCAGCCAUGGAGAUGCCGCUGCCGCCAGACGAUCAGGAGCUUCGAAAUGUCAUCGACAAGCUCGCUCAGUUUGUGGCUCGUAACGGACCGGAGUUUGAGAAAAUGACGAUGGAGAAGCAGAAGGACAACCCUAAAUUCUCGUUUCUGUUCGGAGGCGAGUUCUACAGUUACUACAAGUGCAAGCUGGCGCUGGAGCAGCAGCAGCUCAUCUGCAAGCAGCAGGCCCCAGAACUGGAGCCCACCUCAGCCAUGCCCCCUCUGCCACAACCUCCGCUGGCUCCCACCGCGUCCCUCACUCCGGCUCAGGGCACCCCAUCAAUGGACGAGCUCAUCCAACAGAGCCAGUGGAGUCUCCAGCAGCAGGAGCAGCACCUGCUGGCCCUGCGCCAGGAGCAAGUAACGACAGCCGUGGCACAUGCAGUAGAGCAGCAGAUGCAGAAGCUGCUGGAAGAGACACAGCUGGACAUGAGCGAGUUUGACAACCUGCUACAGCCCAUCAUUGACACCUGCACAAAGGAUGCCAUCUCGGCUGGGAAGAACUGGAUGUUCAGCAAUGCCAAGUCCCCGCCACAUUGUGAGCUAAUGGCGGGCCACCUGCGCAACCGAAUCACUGCUGAUGGCGCACACUUUGAGCUGCGGCUGCACCUCAUCUAUCUGAUCAACGACGUGCUGCACCACUGCCAGCGCAAGCAGGCCCGGGAGCUGCUGGCUGCCUUGCAGAAGGUGGUAGUGCCCAUCUAUUGCACCAGCUUCCUGGCAGUGGAGGAGGACAAACAGCAGAAGAUUGCCCGGCUCCUACAGCUCUGGGAGAAGAACGGCUACUUUGAUGACUCCAUCAUUCAGCAGCUGCAGAGCCCCGCCCUGGGACUUGGCCAAUACCAGGCGACUCUCAUCAAUGAGUACUCAUCAGUGGUGCAGCCUGUGCAGCUGGCCUUCCAGCAGCAGAUCCAGAGCCUCAAGACACAGCAUGAGGAGUUUGUCAGCAGCCUGGCCCAGCAGCAGCAGCAGCAGCAGCAACAGCAGCAGCCGCCACAGCAGCCGCCACAGCCACAGAUUCAGCUGCCUCCGAUGGAAGCCGACGUGAAGGCCACGCCCCCACCGUCAGCACCACCACCAGCCUCAGCACCUGCCCCUACCAUCCCACCAACUACCCAGCCAGAUGACAACAAGCCUCCCAUCCAGAUGCCUGGCUCUUCAGAGUAUGACACCUCAGCAGGUGUCCAGGAUCCUGCAGCUGCUGGCCCUCGAGGUCCUGGCCCUCAUGAGCAGAUCCCACCAAACAAGCCUCCUUGGUUUGAUCAGCCUCAUCCGGUUGCUCCGUGGGGUCAACAACAGCCCCCUGAGCAACCCCCAUACCCACACCACCAAGGUGGACCACCCCAUUGCCCACCCUGGAACAACAGCCAUGAGGGCAUGUGGGGUGAGCAGCGAGGAGACCCUGGUUGGAAUGGGCAGCGAGAUGCUCCGUGGAACAACCAGCCAGACCCUAAUUGGAAUAACCAGUUUGAAGGACCAUGGAACAAUCAACAUGAGCCACCACCCUGGGGUGGUGCCCAGCGUGAGCCACCCUUCCGGAUGCAGCGACCUCCCCACUUCCGUGGGCCCUUCCCACCCCACCAGCAGCACCCACAGUUCAACCAGCCUCCACAUCCCCACAACUUCAACCGUUUCCCGCCCCGCUUCAUGCAGGAUGACUUCCCCCCUCGUCACCCUUUUGAGCGGCCACCCUACCCUCACCGCUUUGACUAUCCCCAGGGAGACUUCCCCGCAGACAUGGGACCCCCUCAUCACCAUCCUGGCCACCGCAUGCCACACCCUGGGAUCAAUGAGCACCCGCCUUGGGCUGGGCCCCAGCACCCUGACUUUGGCCCUCCUCCCCACGGCUUCAAUGGCCAGCCCCCCCACAUGCGGCGACAGGGCCCACCUCACAUCAACCAUGAUGACCCCAGCCUGGUCCCCAAUGUGCCCUACUUCGAUCUUCCAGCGGGGUUAAUGGCUCCCCUUGUGAAGCUGGAGGACCAUGAGUACAAGCCUCUGGACCCCAAAGACAUCCGCCUGCCACCCCCCAUGCCUCCCAGUGAGAGGCUACUUGCAGCUGUGGAAGCCUUCUACAGCCCACCCUCCCAUGACAGACCAAGGAACAGCGAGGGCUGGGAGCAGAAUGGCCUCUAUGAAUUCUUUCGAGCUAAGAUGCGGGCACGGCGGCGCAAGGGCCAGGAGAAGAGGAACAGUGGCCCCUCCAGGUCACACAGCCGGUCCAAGAGCCGAGGCCGUUCCUCAUCUCGCUCCAGCUCACGAUCCUCCAAGUCCUCAAGGUCCUCCUCCCGCUCACGAUCCCGGUCUCGGUCCCGCUCUUCCUCCCGCUCCAGGUCCAGAAGCCGCAGCCGGUCACGUUCCUCCAGAAGCCGCUCACGCUCCAGGUCUAGGUCCAGGUCCAAGUCAUACUCCCCUGGGAGGCGGCGUCGCUCCAGGUCCCGGAGCCCCACCCCACCCUCUGCAGCCGGCCUGGGUUCUAACUCAGCACCUCCCAUACCAGACUCAAGGCUUGGAGAAGAGAAUAAAGGCCACCAGAUGCUGGUGAAGAUGGGCUGGAGCGGGUCUGGUGGCCUCGGUGCAAAGGAGCAGGGCAUCCAGGACCCCAUUAAGGGUGGUGAUGUCCGAGAUAAAUGGGACCAGUACAAGGGUGUGGGCGUGGCCCUGGAUGACCCAUAUGAGAACUACCGCCGCAAUAAGAGCUACUCCUUCAUUGCUCGAAUGAAGGCCCGAGAUGAAUUUUCCACGUUUGGGGCGCGAAAGGAAGAGAAGGAAGACUGACCACAGGCCUCAGCUUCACAGUGUGGAAGGGCUUGUCCUGCGUUUGCCCUGGAGGAGGUGCUGCAGAUACCACUCGCAGUGCCCAGAUAGCAAAACUCAACACCACCCCCCAGCCCAGAGCCCAAGUCCCACCCAUAGUGCUGCACAGCCUAGAGCCCAGUAGUGAGAAGGCUGCCUUGCACUGAGUGUGGCAACCAGAAUAGCCUGGCCUCUGAGCUGCAGAGGUCAGAAGGCUCCACCUGGUUUUGUGUUAGGAAAAACAAGUACUGACCCCUGAGGCAGGGAUCAUCUGACUCCUGCCUGACUCAGUUCAUCGUUUAGUUGUAUUUUUACCAUCCAUUUCCAUAAAUGUUAGCUGUUUGCCUCUAUUACCUGGACAUAGCUUCUGACACUGGGCUAAGUUCUGGUGGGUCAGGGGAAGAUGGCCUCCGGAGCCCCUCCACCUAGUGCAGCACCUCAGCUUGGGGCUUCUGCCUGGGGAAGCCAAUACCAGCGCAGAGCAUGGAGUGCUGGGCUCCAGCCAGCCAGCACCUCCUGUGCUGUUGUUUAAGGAGCAGCCUGGUGCCAUUGUUUGUACACAAACUUUUGAAACAUUCUUUUCAAUAAAAUGCAGAGUCCUACAACUUUUCAGUACCAUUUAAGACACUUGAUUUUUGUUUUAGAUUUCUCAUAGCUAUGAUGUUCAGAUGUGUCUGACUCAGGAUAAACAAGCAGAUACACCUGUGCUGUUAACAAUUGAUUGUGGAUUUUACUGUUUUGCCUUCCAAUAAAGCCUUUUGUAAAAGAUUUCCUCCAGCUGUGGGUGAGGUGCCCCAGGGUGCUCAGCCCCUGCAUGGCGUGUUCUCAUGGGGCAGCUGGUCCCGUCCUGGAUGACUGAUAUGCCUGGCACAUGCUGUCUGUCUGUCACACUGGCUCAUGGCUGGCCCCAUCCUGCACCACUGCCCUGUGGUGGGUCCACGGCUGUGUCCUCAGCAGCCAGCUGGGCAGAUGGGAGCUUAGAGUCCGUCUAUGGGCUCAGCGGGGAGAGCUGCAGCCUUGCUUGCCUCCACAUGGCUGUCAUUGAUGUCGAGGUGGACUUCAAGCUCCUUCCUCACCUCCUGCAGGGCAGCCUCCAUGGUCAGGGGUGCAGGCCU